AUGAUUAUCAUUGUGGUGCUCGCCAUCAUCUACGGCAUGUUGUUCCACAUCGGGACAAGCGAAUCCGUCAAUGUGAAUCUCUCUUUCAUUAAUGUUAUAGUAAAUGAUAGAAGUAUACGUGUUCUUCUGGGCCAGUCAUUCGUAAUGCCCAAGAAGCCACGCCUAUGGAUGAAGUACAUAUGUUUUCUGUUGUGUUACACAAGUCUUAUUAUAUCUACAACAUACCAGGCGUACCUGCAAUCGAAUCUCAUACACCCGGCGUUGGAAAAGCGAGUGGGAUCGUACGACGACAUGAUCAAGGCUGGCCUUAAAAUAGCCAUAACUUCACAAGAGUUGGAAUUCUUGGACAAACCAACAUACAUCAAGUACAAAGAGCUAUUCGUUUCCAUCGAGCCAUACGAUCGUUUUCUAAAGCUAAGGGAGAAGGACUUUAUUUAUUACUCCUCACAUCUGUGUCUGAGCAAGCAAGCGUUGCUGGCGGUGCCCUUGCGUCCUAAUUUACCGUACAAAUCGUUAUUCGAUAAGCAUCUGCUGCAUUUACGGGAAACAGGUCUGCUGCAAUACUGGAUAAGUGUCAAUUUUUAUACUAUGGUCCGCUUGAAAAUUACCGCCUUUCGUGAUCUCAGCACCCCAGAAGAAAGUGUCGAUGCGAUAGAGCUGGACGACCUCAAGUGGAUUUGGCUAUUCUAUUGCUCCAAUGUACUUUUGGCCAUUUCCGUUCUAAUAUGUGAACUUAUUUAUUUCCAUAAAGUAACAAAGCACCACUAG